GAAUAAGAAACACCAGGGCUUGACAAAGAUGGAGCGACUCGAGGAAGCCCGCGUUCAGGAGGGCUUCCAUGCUUUGCUUCAGAGCGCCCUGCUCCACGCCAAGACCGAAGGCUUGCUGUCCGACGCGGACCUCCAGCGAGCCGAUGCCGACUUUCAGAUCACGGCGCCGAGCCUGACGCUCUUCUUUGCUGCGCUCCAGGCGCGCGGCGACCCACCCUCGAUCCAGGCUCCCUCGGGCGCAUUUGAGCUGACGCGGGACAAUGCGCCAGAGAGCUUUGCCUCAUUCUUUGCGCUCUGGCAGUCUUGCGUGCCCAAGAUCAAGUCACUGAACUCCGAGGCACGGCACGAUCUCGCCCUCCUGCUCUGCGACCGCGAGGCGGCCUCUUCGCCACUCAGGGGCGACGUCGCCCGGCUCGCGGCAGACAUCAAGACGGUGGCCAUCGACAUUGUGCAGAGGAGGACGUUUCAGAUGCGCUUUCAGGCUGACCUCGACGAAGCGCUCGGCCAUCGCGCCUCGACCGAAUACACGCCGCCGCCGGGGUACGAGACGGGGGCAUCCGAGCAGAAGUCGUCCCAGACGGGACGAAGACCGCCACCAUUGCCACCGAAAAAUGGAGCUCUUCCUCCCCAGACAAGCGGAGCUCUUCCGCCCGACGAGGACACGCUGAGCCUGAUUCGUGAGACACUCUUUGCUGCGCUGGGAGACAGCAUUGCGACGAACCCAUCGCUGCGCGACGUCAUGCGCCGAGGACCAACGUGGGCCUCGAGGGCCUACUACGCCUCCCUCUGCCUGGCCAUUCUCGAUGUCGCGCUGACUCGUGUUGCGACCCACGCUGCCGAAGUCGAGGUGCGCACGGUCCAGCUGAACGACCAUGCCGUCGAGCCGAUUCGUCGAAGCUCGUGUCCGGCCAACCUUGUCUCGCUCCUGGUCCAGCUCGGACACGUUGCGGAGCGAUGCCAGAGUCUGAGAGAGGCUGACGAUGAGCGAGCGAUAAAGGACGCCGAGAGAGGUCAGGAGACGCCCGAGGGCGCCCGCCUGGUUGACGAGCUCACCCAGCGGCUUCUCGGCGACGUGGGCGAACGUCGGCGGAGCGAGGACAUCGAACGGAGGGAAGCCGAUCUUCAGAGACAGGUGGGCGAGACAGCCAUCAUGAUUAACCGGCUUGCAAUGGCCAUGUUUGAAAUACCCUCGUUCCGGGAGCGCCAGGCAGACGCAUUUCGCGUCCUCGGCGCCAUCACUGCAUUGUAGCUGUCCUAGAGCUCAAACAAAGCCUCAUUGUAUCAUAGUCUAUCUAAUACUGCUACAGAUGCUCUCGGGAAGGAUUUCAAAGGUAAUGAACGGAGGAUGAAGUGGGUGGGUAUCUCACUUGAAUGGGCUCUGCGAAUGUUGUUCAUGGUGUCUGGUGUGUGUCUGCGAUGGCCAAAGGGGUGACCUUCAGAGUGCGUCCUCAUCGGGCCUGUCGG